AUGACGUUUUCUUCAAUCGAUCCUUUCGAUCUACAUGGUUUUGCAUCUGAAUCGGCAAAGCAGUACCGCGAACACAUACAAGAGCUCGUCUACUAUGGGGAAUCACGAUUAAAACGAGCGGUGGACGAGAUUUUAAAAAAACCGAUGGAAGAUCAAGCUCCAUUCCAAAAAUGCCUACGAAAAGAACUGCAUUACUUUUUGACUUACGUGGGCUUGAUCACAUCAAUGGGACAAGUUGUUGAUGUACCAUUUACGCUGCGUUCGUUGGCAUUUUCUUUAGGGAGAAUUGCUCCAGAGGAUCUACCCAUGCAAUUCAACGUCGAGUUCGUGCAAGCGCUUAACAUAACACGCGAUGAAGACCGUGGGGAAGUAGUAGCGAGCUACAAAAGACCGUGGUGGGAAGAAUUCAGGCCAAGUUGGCGAUCUGUCAUAGACGAUGGUUCAAUCGGCGAGUGUUUAUCACACCACAGGAAACUAAUAGGAAUAGAAAAUAAACAUCGUUUUAUUGAGUCUCUUGGUAGCGAUAUCACUCCAUCCUCGUUUGCCAUGACACCAGGAGAGCGAAUGCUCUUUGAACCACUUCAGAACGCUCGGCGAACAAUUAUGGUAAUGACUGAAGCUCAAACGAGCCAUCAGAGUGUCAUUUUCAGAAAGGCAGAGGAAUACUGGAAUCUGCAUGACGCUUCGAAGGCCGAAGGGAUGAAUAGGGACCAUUGGAAAAUGGGCAUUACCGAGAUGGGUAACAAUAUUACGGAGAUUGGAGGUGUUGACUAUGUUGAUAGGAUAUCAACACCGGCAUUUCAACGUGCGACGUCAUGCAAUGACCCGCCUUUGGUUCGGGAUUCAAAACACCGUUCGAAAGACUGGAAACCGUCAGAAUUGGAUGAUGAUUACAGUCUCUCCCCGCUUCCGUCCCCUGCACUGCUGUACCGCUCAGAAUCAAUCCAAACCGAUCAAGGCACCGUGCCUGUAGAAACUGUACCGCCCCAUUCUGGUCCUGAUAUCUCGUGUGGUUCGCCAGAAGAAAUGGGCGAUCUUUCUAUGCAAGCGUCACUAUCACCAGGUUUUGCUAGCGCACGGUCCCGCGAUGAAAUGGCAGAGUUGUACGAGGAUAUAAAGCCCCAUAUCCAAGAACCUAUCCAAAGUUACUCGCCCGAAUUCCACCCACCCAUCCGUAUUCCUUUGGCAGAUGAAUUAGGAGAUCUUUUCAGGGACAUCCCUUCAACUCCAGGCCGAUCAUUUGAUAUGGAGAUACUGGGGAUACAGUCUCCUAAUGUGCUCGCGACAUUAUACGAGGAAAUAACACCCCAAUUCGGCAUAGAUCGCCAAUCCUCGCCGGAAAUCAAAACACUUCGCCUGAACCCUUCGGCAGAUGAUUUAGGAGAACUUUUCAAUGAUAUUUUACCGCCCUCAGGCCUCUCUAUCGAUCCUGAUAUUACUGCAACGCGACCUUCUGAUGUACGUUCAACGCGGGACGAGGAUGUAACGCUCCAAAUUAACGUAGAUCGCCAAUCCUCGCCGGAAAUCUGCGCACUUCGCCUUAAUCCUUCACCAGAUGAUUUAGUAGAUCUUUUCAGGGACAUUCUACCACCUGCAGGCCUGUACCCCAAUCUUGAUAUUAAUGGAACGCGGCCUUCUAAUGUGCCUGCAACAUUGUACAAGGAAAUCACACCCCAAGUCGACGUAAUUCGCCAAUCCUCACCGGAAAUCUAUGCGCCUCACCUUAAUCCUUCACCAGAUGAGUUAGGAAAUCUUUUCAGGGGUAUUCUUCCACCUUCAGGUCCAUUUUCAAAUGUCGAGUAUACUGGAACUCAGUCUCCGCAAGAGUGUACAACAAUGCGCGAGGAUUCGACGCCUAAAUGCUACCCAUCUCGCCACAUUGCUUCGACGGAUGAAUUAAGCGAACUCUUUAUGGACAUCCUACCUAAUCCAGAGCCUUUGAAGAGGUCAGAGGCCCAGACCCCCAAUAAACGUUCAGGGUUUACAGAAGAUACACCACCCACGUAUCAUCCAAACUGUUAUAUUUCAUCACCGGACGAAUUAGGAGAGCUUUUCAGGGACUUAAAACCUGCCUCAGAGCUGUCGGAGAGCCCUAGUGCCUACGUUGCACAGUCCCCAAAUGACAUUGCAGCACUUUGGCAAAAUACUAACCAACCCAAUAACCAUUCACCUCGCCAUAAUGCUUCGCCAAAUGAGCUGGGGGCGUUGUUUCAAGGUAUUACACGGCUCGCUCAAACGACGGAUAAUAGUGCUAACACAGCACUGCAAGGUACCUCAAACGUCAUGUCUCGUCCACCAGCCUCGAGCAAUAUUCAUGAAGAUCAAAGUCUUUCAUUGGGCAGUAGUAACCAUCUGAAUGGGCUCCCUUCCAAGAGGCAAAGACGUCAAAAAUAA